AUGGGUUGUAAUGGGAUUGAAUAUUUGUGCAAACAUGUGUUAGAAGAAAAAAAGGGUUUCAGUUUCAGACAAAUGAAUGAUGAUAAGUUGGUUAAUGUUAGAGAGGAAGUUAUGUCUCAAGAAGUUGUUGAUUCAGUUUCUUCUAAGAUGGAAGAGGAUUCGAAGGCAGAUUUUGGACACCAAUCAUCGGAAUCGGAAGCUACUUCUUUGCCAAACAUAGGUCUGGAACAUCGCAUCACAACAACUAGUGGAACUGAGAGAAAUUUACUAAUGGCUGAAGAUGAGAUUAUGAUUUCUAGGUCAAUGACAGAAAAGAGAGCACUUCGAAGGCAUGACCUAAUGUUGGACAGACUGUCAGAGCAUGAGAAGGAAAAACUGAUUGCUAACUUAGUGAAGAUACAAAAAGAUGGGACUGUUGAAGUUGAUCUAGAAAGGAGUGCUAGUGUUGCUUCAGAGUUGUUAGAGCUUCAGUCUUAUGAAGAGUCGACAAUGAGUGGAAGUUUUAUUAUUUCUGAUUCGAAAAAAUCAGUUCCGCGGUUACAAAUUGUCAUACUUGUGGUUGGAACUAGAGGAGAUGUACAACCUUUUGUGGCCAUUGCAAAGAGACUUCAGGAGUAUGGCCAUCGUGUUAGGAUAGCAACUCAUGCUAAUUUCAAGACAUUUGUAAGAUCUGCUGGUGUAAAUUUCCAUCCUCUGGGUGGUGAUCCUCGGGUAUUGGCAGGAUAUAUGGCAAGGAAUAAAGGUUUGAUCCCUUCUGGUACAACGGAAAUAUCGAUCCAAAGAAAGCAGCUGAAGGCCAUAAUUGAUUCUCUUCUUCCAGCUUGCACAGCACCUGAUUCAGAAACUGGCAUUCCCUUCACAGCUCAAGCUAUUAUUGCCAACCCUCCUGCAUAUGGGCAUGUACAUGUUGCUGAAGCCCUUGGGGUGCCUAUUCACAUCUUCUUCACUAUGCCAUGGACGCCAACCUAUGCGUUUCCCCACCCUUUGGCACGUGUUCCUCAAGGCGCUGGUUAUUGGCUGUCUUAUAUAAUUGUGGAUCUACUGAUAUGGUGGGGAAUGCGAGGAAUCAUUAACGACUUCAGGAAAAGAACGUUGAAGCUUCCUCCUAUUGCAUACUUCAGCAUGUAUCGUGGAUCAAUAUCUCAUUUACCAACUGCCUAUAUGUGGAGUCCUCAUCUUGUUCCGAAACCAAAUGACUGGGGCUCUUUAGUCGAUGUUGUCGGUUACUGUUUCUUGAGGCUUGGGUCGAAGUAUCAACCACGGGAAGAUUUUGUCCAAUGGAUUAAAAAAGGACCACCUCCUAUAUAUUUUGGAUUUGGGAGCAUGCCUCUUGAAGAUCCUAAAGUAACAACAGAUGUUAUAUUGGAGGCCCUAAAAGAGACAGAACAGCGGGGAAUUAUCGACCGAGGUUGGGGUAAUCUAGGAAAUUUGGCAGAAAUUUCUGACGACGUUUUCCUUCUCGAGGAAUGCCCUCAUGAUUGGCUGUUUCCUCAAUGCUCUGCGGUGGUGCAUCAUGGUGGAGCCGGAACCACCGCCACAGGAUUAAAAGCCGGGUGUCCAACAACAAUAGUUCCAUUCUUUGGAGAUCAAUUCUUUUGGGGAGAUAGAAUACAUCAGAAAGAGUUGGGACCAGAACCAAUUCCAAUAUAUGAGCUCAAUGUUGAGAAUUUAUCAAACGCUAUAAAAUUCAUGCUCCAGCCAGAGGUGAAGUCUCGGGCGAUGGAAGUUGCUAAGUUGAUAGAGAACGAAGACGGCGUUGCUGCUGCAGUUGACGCGUUUCAUCGCCAGCUGCCCGAUGAGCUACCACUGCCAGCUCCAUCUCCUAUUGAGGAGGACCACUUAAGUCAUGUUGAGUGGUUUUUUGACCAACUUGCAAAGUGGUGUUGUGUGCCUUGUGGUGGUGUGUAG